CCGCCCAAUCUCUUCUGUCUGUCAAUGCAGCUCUAGUGGGCGGGGCCCGCUGCAGCAAGGACGAGAGAAGGCCAGCUCGGAACCGGAUGGCGGAUGAGAUGUCUGAACCUCGGCGUGUGGGCUUCGUAGGUGCUGGUCGCAUGGCGGAAGCCAUUGCCCAAGGCCUCAUCCGAGCAGGCAAAGUAGAAGCAAAGCAAGUGCUGGCCAGUGCACCAACAGACAAGAACCUCUGCCACUUCAGGGCUCUGGGUUGCCAGACUACUCACUCCAACCACGAGGUGCUGCAAAACUGCCCACUCGUCAUCUUUGCCACCAAACCCCAAGUCCUGCCAGCUGUUCUGGCAGAAGUGGCCCCUGUAGUCACCACUGAGCACAUCAUUGUAUCCGUGGCUGCUGGGAUCUCUCUGAGCUCUAUGGAGGAGGCCCCGUCUCUUAGGCUGCCUGAUACUGAACUCUCUUCCGUCCAGCUGUUACCCCCGAAAACACGAGUACUGCGAGUCUCUCCCAAUCUACCCUGCGUAGUUCAGGAGGGAGCUAUGGUUAUGACACGGGGCCACCAUGCUGGGAAUGAAGACGCCAAGCUCCUACAGAACUUGCUGGAAGCCUGUGGGCAGUGCAUAGAGGUUCCUGAGUCCUACGUCGAUAUCCACACUGGCCUCAGCGGCAGUGGUGUGGCCUUUGUGUGUACAUUUUCGGAGGCCCUGGCUGAAGGCGCCAUCAAGAUGGGCAUGCCCAGUGACCUGGCCCACCGCAUUGCCGCUCAGACCCUGCUGGGGACAGCCAAAAUGCUGCAGCAGGAAGGGAAGCACCCAGCCCAGCUGCGGACGGAUGUGCUCACACCAGCUGGAACCACCAUCCACGGGCUUCAUGCCCUAGAGCAGGGCGGUUUUCGAGCAGCUGCCAUGAGUGCUGUGGAAGCAGCUACCUGCCGGGCUAAAGAGCUCAGCAAGAAGUAAGGCAAGGCCUCAGACGAGACUACAGGCUCCUUGCCCAUCUGCAGGCUCUGUGGUGAGGAUAGCCCUGCGUGGGUGUUGUAUUGGGCGGUCCUCUGAGCUUAACGGCCAUAGUCUUCAUCCGAGAAGCUGUGACUACCCGUAAGAUACCAUCAAGAGGGGUUGGGGAUUUAGCUCAGCGGUAGAGCGCUUGCCUAGCGAGCACAAGGCCCUGGGUUCGGUCCCCAACUCCGAAAAAAAUUAAAAAAAAAAAAGAUACCAUCAAGAGUCAAGAUGGGGUGUGUUGACUGUGACGUUCAGUCAAGGAUUCAAGGAAGGAAAAGGGAGGGUCACUCAAUCCUUCUCUGAGAUUUCAGAUCCUCCUUCUGCACCUCCCAGCCAGUUACAGUUGUGUCCUCAUUGUGCAGGGCCUCAUGGUCUCAGGAGGGGGUAGAAUGUGUAGCCUGUGAAGGUGGUAGACAUCAUCCCCCAUGCUGGCGUGAGACGUUUUGAUGGUUGUGGCUGCUUUGUGAUCACCCACACUCCCGUAAGCAACACCCCGUUCAUAUUCUCUAAGCCCAAUAAACUCAUUUGUUCCCUAA